AUGGGCUAUGGCUCCAGAAGUUCUUCAGUUUUCGGUUCACCGCAGCCGAAAUUGAACGAUAUAGUGACUCAUAGUUUGUCGAAAUUACAAUCGAGACGUCAAAAACGUAGCUGUAAUUCUCAGAUUGUAGGGUACAUACGUAUAAGUGAUCCGAAUCGGAGGGUUUUUAGUGUUUCCGAUUUGAAUUGGGGUCAGACUAGGGUUUGCAAGACGACUAGUCGUGUUGGUAAUAGUAGUAGUAGUAGAAGGGGUAUUUUAGUCAUCCCAAAUGUAGCGUCGGAUAUUAGGAACCAUUCGACCUCGGUGGAAACUCAGGUUAAUGGGAAGACCUCCUUCGAAAGUAUUUAUAUUCAAGGUCGGUUGAAUGUGAAACCUUUGGUGAUAGAGAAGAUUGAGACAGAUCAUGGUGAUGUAGUCAGAGAAGAAGAGUCUAGGGUAGAGGUUAAUGGCUCAAAUGUAAAUGUAAAUAUAGGUAAUUCCAAGGGUUUGAAUGACACCAAGGAUGAGAGAGAGCUGUCUGAUAUUGAAAAGGAAGCCUGGAGCUUGCUUCGGGAUUCAGUUGUUAGUUAUUGUGGGAAUCCAGUGGGAACUCUUGCUGCUACUGAUCCGGCUGACAAGACACCGCUCAAUUACGAUCAGGUCUUCAUUCGAGACUUUGUCCCAUCGGCACUCGCCUUCUUGCUCAAUGGAGAAGCUGAUAUUGUCAAGAAUUUUCUGCUUCACACUUUGCAGUUACAGAGCUGGGAGAAGACGGUUGACUGCCACAGCCCUGGGCAAGGGUUGAUGCCGGCAAGCUUUAAAGUUAAGACUGUACCUCUUGAUGGAAUGAAUGGAGCAUUUGAGGAAGUUUUAGAUCCUGAUUUUGGUGAAUCAGCCAUUGGCCGUGUUGCACCUGUUGAUUCAGGGUUGUGGUGGAUCAUCUUAUUGAGAGCUUAUGGAAAGAUCACUGGUGAUUAUGCAUUACAAGAAAGGGUAGAUUUCCAGACAGGCAUAAGGCUGGUCCUUAAUCUGUGUUUAAAAAAUGGAUUUGACAUGUUUCCUACCCUGUUAGUCACUGAUGGUUCCUGUAUGAUUGAUAGACGGAUGGGUAUUCAUGGACACCCUCUUGAAAUCCAAGCGUUGUUCUAUUCAGCUCUAAGAUGCUCCCGUGAAAUGCUCAUUGUCAAUGAUAGCACAAAAGAUUUGGUGGCUGCAAUCAAUAACAGACUUAGUGCACUCUCAUUUCAUAUGAGAGAAUAUUAUUGGGUGGAUAUGAAGAAGAUCAACGAGAUUUAUCGUUACAAGACAGAGGAAUAUUCUACAGAUGCUGUCAACAAGUUCAAUAUCUAUCCAGAUCAAAUUCCAUCCUGGUUAGUUGAUUGGAUUCCUGAGGAAGGUGGUUACCUCAUUGGCAAUCUACAACCUGCUCAUAUGGAUUUUAGGUUCUUCACUCUUGGAAAUCUUUGGUCUAUUGUAUCAUCUCUGGGUACCCACAAACAGAAUGAGGGUAUUUUAAAUUUGAUUGAAGCCAAAUGGGAUGAUUUCGUGGCUCAAAUGCCCCUUAAAAUUUGUUACCCUGCUCUGGAGUAUGAAGAAUGGCGAAUAAUUACUGGUGGUGACCCAAAGAAUACGCCAUGGUCAUAUCAUAAUGGUGGGUCUUGGCCAACACUCCUAUGGCAGUUCACCUUGGCUUGCAUCAAGAUGGGGAGGACCGAGUUAGCACAAAAGGCAGUUGAUUUGGCAGAGAAGAGGCUUUCUGCGGAUCAUUGGCCUGAAUAUUACGACACUAAAAGUGGGAGAUUUAUAGGCAAGCAAUCCCGGCUUUUCCAGACUUGGACGAUUGCUGGUUACCUAACCUCAAAGAUGCUGUUGGAGAACCCUGAGAAGGCAUCAUUGUUGUUGUGGGAGGAGGAUUAUGAACUUCUGGAGACUUGUGUGUGUGCACUCACCAAAACCGGUCGAAAGAAGUGUUCGCGCUUGGCUGCAAAAUCUCAGAUUGCGGUUUAG